AUGUCGUCUAAGGCCCCGGCUCAGAGCCGGUGGGCAUGUUCGUCUUUAUUGACGCUGAUCGUCCCGGUCGCUCUUCUCUACCUUUUCACGCCGUCCCUGAAUGUGUGGUGGAAAACGUUUGUUUCCGUCCAAAAUGAUCCGCACGCCGGCGAACUCGCUCGCGCCGCCAUCUCCGAAGCCUCGUGGCUGAGAUCCGUCCGGCAGCGACACGAUUGGAUGGAAAAGAAUCAAGACUACGACGACACGCUAUUCUCACCUAGAGAUGAGUCCCUCCGCUUCUGGUACACGCUCUGGGACCUCUUCCCCGCGACGUACAGCUGCCCCUGGGACCUGCAGCGCGUCGGUAAGCUCGGCGAUGGCGGCAAGUGGAUUUGCGGGAUGAGCAAGUACGCCGCCGACCGCGUCUCGGCGCAGCGGCCCUUGAGAGUGUACAGCUUCGGCGUCGGGAGCGACUCCACGUUCGAGGAGGAGUUCCUCAACCGCUCGUCGCGUGCGGAGGUGUGGGGGUUCGACGACACGGUGGAGAUGUGGGGUCGCGGACUUGACGGGUACGCGUACGAGCACCGCGCGCACCUCUCCAAGGCGGCGGUCGCGGGGUACGAUUUCUACGACGAGAAGGACAAGACGCAGUUCUGGUCUAUUAGCAGCAUCAUGAAGAAGUUGGGGCACGACUAUGUGGACCUAGUCAAGAUGGACAUUGAAGGCGACGAGUUCCCGACGUUGGAGGCCUUUCUGGAGGAGUUCAAGACGGAGGGAUGGGAGGUUCCGUUCGGGCAGCUUGUGAUCGAGAUCCACGUGCCGGAGAAGGGGCCGAAGAUCAGCCAGUUUGCGGAGUGGUGGGAAAGGCUCGAGGGGCUCGGGUUGAGGCCUGUGAUGAGCGAGGCGAAUUUGCUGGCUGUUACUGUUGGGGACGGACAGCCAUGCUGUGUUGAGGUGAGUUUUCUUUGA